CGAGGCGCCUAGGAAGAGGAGAGAAAGAGCGUGAUGGAAGUAGUUAGGUGCCCAGAGCACGAGACCUUCUGCUUUCUGAAGACCGGCAUCCGCGAUGGCCCGAAUAAAGGAAAGAGCUUCUACGUGUGCCACGCAGACACGUGCGGCUUCGUCAGUCCCACCGACAUUCCUGUUUCUCAUUGUUUGUUGCAUGAGGACUUUGUGGUAGAGCUUCAGGGUUUGCUUCCACCACAGGGCAAGAAAGAAUACAGAUUGUUCUUCAGAUGUGUUAAAAGUAAGACAGAGGGGAAGCAAUGGUGUGGAAGUAUCCCGUGGCAGGAUCCUAAUUCCAAAGAACAUUCUGUGACCAAUAAGUCUCAGCAUGCAUCUAAGCCGUUUCAUUAUCCUUCCAGCCAGCAGAGAAACCCAUUCAAGGUACUUAACAAGAAUCAAGAACCAUCUCUCUGGAAACAGUUCAUCAAAGGUGAAGGUGAGGAAAAGAUGGCUGAUAAGAAGCAAGGGAAAAAGAAAGAUCUGCUCUUGGAUCAAAAGAAAGAACCGAAGCCUGAAUCUGACUGCUGGAUGGAGAAAGAUCUUGCAUCUGGCCCGGUGGUAAAGGAAAAACAAGCUACAGUUCAGGAGAAGCAGCAAGGGGAGAAAACAGAGUUUCAGGGUGAAGCAAAAGAGAUUGAAGAGACACACAAAAGAAACCUUUGUGAGAUGAAAUCCACACAGUGCCAAGAUAAUGAGCUUAGAAAACUAUCUGUGUCUCCUCACAAGAAAUCAGAUAGUGAGAGUCAUUAUGUCCAAAAUGAAUCAGAACCUCUGAGAGAACAGGAAACCAAGCCUGUGCCUCAAAUUGUUCACAGCCAAAACCCAAUAAGCAAGCCCCAGGAAGGGGAACAGCUCAGCAAGCAGCACCCCAAGAGCUGGAAGGCUAGAGGAACAAAGGCAAAGGACUGCCCAAGCAUGCAGGCCAUCCAGAAGGGGCCAUUCCAGGGGCAUUUCCAGGUGCAGGUGGAGACUCGUGACGGGCCUGCUCCAAGAGGACCAGCUGCACAGUCUGCCCCACAGGCCGCAGGGCGUUCCCUGGGAGAGAGGCGAGGAGCUGACACAAGCAGUGGUGAUAGUGAGGAAGAUGACGUUGUUUUUGUUUCCUCUGAGCCAGGGAGCCCCUUACUUUUUGACUUGACUCCAGACUCGCAGAAGAAGGAGGACUUUAAAUUCUCUGGUCAAAGUGUGCGAAGAAAAGUAUCUCCAGCCUUAGGUGUUUCCAAGAAGGUAGAACCUUCAGACCCAGCAGCCCAACGUGUGUACCUCACAACACAACUGAAGCAGAAGAAGAGCACGCUGGCGUCGGUGAACAUCCAGGUUCUUCCAGACAAGGGUCAGAAGUUGUACAAGCAAAUUCAGGAGCUGGAGGAAGCCCUCGGUGCCCUUGCCCUCUCCCCUGAGCAAGGCGCUAAUGAGAAGAGUAACACUCAAGUUCCACAACAGAGUGACGUCACCCAGACUGCCACUGGCUCUCCCCACUUGGUGCCUCCCAAGCCCCUGCAGGGUCAGGAGCUCCAGCCUCUGGGUUCUCUAGGAGUAAAGGCUGCCUGCCAGGUAGCUGCUGGGGGAUCCAGCCAGUGCCAUGGAGGCCCUACACACCAAGAUCGCCUUCACACCGGGUGGAAAAUCACAAAGGAAGCCAUCGAUGCGCUGCAUCGAUCACUUGAGUCGUGUCCCGGUGAGACAGCUGUGGCAGAGGAUCCGGCUGGAUUGAAGAUCCCUUUGCUCCCACACCAGAAGCAGGCAUUAGCCUGGUUACUAUGGCGGGAAAGUCAGAAGCCGCAAGGAGGAAUACUGGCGGAUGAUAUGGGAUUAGGAAAAACUCUGACAAUGAUUGCACUCAUCCUGACCCAGAAGAAUCAAGAGAAAAACAAAGAAGAAGACAAAAACCCGCCUUUGACUUGGCUUUCCAAAGAUGACUCCUCUGAGUUUACUUCCCAUGGAACACUAAUCGUCUGUCCUGCUUCCCUGAUCCAUCAUUGGAAAAAUGAAGUAGAGAAAUGUGUGAGCAACAAGACACUAAGUGUCUGUCUCUAUCAUGGGCCAAACCGGGAUCAGCAUGCUCAAGUCCUCUCUACGUAUGACAUCGUGAUCACUACCUAUAGCCUUCUGGCCAAGGAGAUUCCCACAGCAAAAAAAGACGGAGAGAUCCCAGGUGCAAACCUCAGUGUGGAGGGUAUCUCAACACCUUUGCUUCGAAUAGUCUGGGCUCGAAUCAUACUGGACGAAGCUCACAAUGUUAAGAAUCCCCGAGUACAGACUUCCAUAGCUGUGUGUAAGCUCCAAGCCCAUGCCCGUUGGGCUGUCACUGGAACCCCCAUUCAAAACAACUUGUUGGACAUGUAUUCACUGCUGAAAUUUCUCCGUUGUUCUCCAUUUGAUGAGUUCCAUCUGUGGAAGAGUCAGGUUGACAAUGGUUCUAAGAAAGGAGGAGAACGGUUAAGUAUUUUAACCAAGAGUCUUUUGCUGAGGAGAACAAAAGACCAGCUGGACUCCACCGGCAGGCCCUUGGUGAUGCUGCCCCAGCGUAAAUUUCAGUUGCAUCGAUUAAAGCUUUCUGAAGAUGAAGAGACUGUUUACAGUGUCCUUUUUGCAAGAUCAAGGUCAGCUCUGCAGUUCUAUCUAAAAAGACACGAAAGGGGGGACAAACAAUCUGGAAGAAGCCCUGAUAAUCCAUUCAGUAGAGUGGCCCAGGAGUUUAGGUCCCCUGGACCUGGACACCCCAUGGAAGCAGACUUGCAGGGAUCCAGCACCGUCCACAUACUGUCACAGUUGCUGCGACUCCGGCAGUGUUGCUGUCAUCUUUCUCUGCUGAAGUCGGCCCUGGAUCCGGCAGAACUGAAGAGUGAAGGCCUGGUCCUCUCCCUGGAGGAGCAGCUCAGCGCUUUGACCCUGUCUGAACUCCGUGACUCAGAGCCGUCUUCCACUGUUUCCCUUAAUGGUGAAUGCUUCCAGGUGGAGCUCUUUGAAGACACACGCGAGAGCACCAAGAUUUCGUCUCUGUUGGCAGAAUUGGAGGUAAUCCGAAGAAAUUCAGGGUCCCAAAAGAGCGUCAUUGUCUCUCAGUGGACCAGCAUGCUGAAAGUUGUAGCGUUGCACCUUAAGAAGCAUGGACUGACUUAUGCCACCAUUGAUGGCUCUGUCAACCCCAAACAGAGAAUGGACUUGGUAGAGGCAUUUAACAGCUCCAGGGGCCCUCAGGUUAUGCUAAUCUCUCUCUUGGCUGGAGGUGUUGGUCUAAACCUAAGUGGAGGAAACCAUCUUUUUCUUCUGGAUAUGCACUGGAAUCCAUCACUUGAAGAUCAAGCUUGUGACCGAAUUUACCGAGUCGGGCAGCAGAAAGAUGUUGUUAUACACAAAUUUAUUUGUGAGGAAACAGUGGAAGAGAAGAUCUUGCAGCUCCAAGAAAAAAAGAAAGAUUUGGCCAAGCAGGUUCUAUCAGGAUCUGGAAAAUCUGUCACCAAGCUCACCUUGGCUGACCUCAAAGUCCUUUUUGGCAUCUAGCUUCCUGUUUAUAGGGUUCAGAAUACUGCCAUUGUUGGUUUGUGUUAGGAUCUGGGGAUAACAACCUAGCCGUAGUCCUUUGCUCUCUCCUUGGCAUUCCAUUUCACCAUCGGGCCUUAUGCCCUCCUCAGAAUGAGACAUAAUCUUGUCCCGAGAAUUGAGGAUCAGUUAUCAUGUUAACCAGUUGGUUAAGCAAUCAUGUUAAUCAAUCAACUUAUUUAAUGUGUGACAUAGAAACCAAAAAUUACUUCAGAUAAAAGAAAAUGCAAAAUUUAUAUAAUGUUAUAAACCAGUGUUACCUCAAUAAGAAAAAAAAAAGAAAAUGGUUUAGAGUUAGAUAAUUUUGGAAAAUAGUUCUGGGAGAGUUGUACCUAAGCUUCAGUAAAAGCUCAAAAAGCCCUCUGUUGCUUUCUCUUCUCAGCUAAUGGGGGACCCAGUGUUGUUACCUUUUCUAAUACGGGCCCCAUCCCGUCUCUUCGUUUCUCCUGCCAAUGAGGCUGCUCCUAUAACCAUCUCUUUAUGGGCCGAGCAGAGAGUGGACCCUUAUGGCCAUUCCCCUGCCGUUGUCUCAGUCCAGGCAGUUCUUCCUCUCAGGGUAAGAUCAAGGAGGUGCUUGGUACAUAAACAGAUGUUUAUUUAGUAGUUGUAUCAUUGUAUCAUUCAGUAUUUUGUAUCGCAUCAUUUAGUGUUAUUAUAUCAUUUAGUAUUGCUAUCAUAUUAUAUAGUAUUUGUAUCAUGUAAUUUAAUAUCUGUAUUAUUUUUACGGUAUUUGUAUUUUUACAAAAUUACAGUAUUUGUAGCAUUUAGUAUCAUUGUUUUCUUUAGUACUGUUGUUAUCAUUUAGUAUUUGUAUUAUCAUUGGUAUAGUCCAAUAAAUACGUGUUUGACAAUGUA